CUGUUACACAGCUCAUGAUGUCUGCGCUGAAACUGCUGUUCUUCUGCCUCCUGCCGUGUCAGCUGUUGGCCCGGUCCCUGAUGGACGUCCUCCGCCAGGAAGAUGUUGCUUCAGUCAGUAUCGACUCCAACAAGGCGAAUGAGUUCCUGUCCGGCUCGCGACCCAAACGCAGCGCUGAUCCCCGGUGGUACCGGCAGACUCCAGACUUCCAGGCGUAUUACCGAUAUUACAACAGCAUCGGACACACCGAGGGCCUGUACGAGAUCGACCGGAUCCGGAUGCUGUACCAGCAGAUGAGGCAGCUGGAGCACAUCCACGGGCCCAACGCCGCCCAGUACCAGAGCAAACUGGGCCUUCCGGUUCUGCCACCGCUUCCCAAGUGUGACCCUGCCAAAGACAAGGGGUGUAAGCAGGCCCCGCCCCCCGCCCCAGUUAAAGGCCAGGCUCCGCCCCCCACCCCAGUUAAAGGCCAGGCUCCGCCCCCCGCCCCAGUUAAAGGCCUGGCUCCGCCCCCGGCUCAGGCUGAUGUGGUGUAUCUGUGCAACAGUAAAGACCCGCUGUGUAAACCACACAUCGUGUACAUGCCCACCGGAGCCGUGCCGGUGCUGUGCGACCCGCGCUACCACCCCAGCUGCCGUCUGGAGGCCCCGCCCCCUGCCCCGCCCCCCUCCAGAACACCUGAGCUGGCCCCGCCCCCUCCGCCCGCCCCCAUGCUCUUCAAGGCCAUGGAGUUCGACUGCGACCCGUACUGGGACCCCGACUGCCUGAUCGAGCACCCGCCGCGGCCCGUGAAGGGUAAGGUUCUGGUUCCGGCUCCGGCUCCGGAAGAGGACGAUCCGGAUCCGCUUCCCGUCAGCAAGAAACUCCCGCAUCCGUACUAUUACUCCCACCCUCAUCCCUACAACUACCGGUCCGAGCUGUACGACCCGCUCCGGCACGCCUACCCCUCAGCCGACGCAUAGAGCCGCACUGACCGGCUC